AUGGCUGUCCGUUGCCAGUUCGAAAACUCGUCCGAGAUCGGCGUCUUUGCGCGUCUCACCAACGCCUACUGUCUCGUCGCCAUCGGCGGCAGUGCCAACUUCUACUCCACCUUUGAGGCCGAGCUUGCCGAUGUCAUCCCUGUCGUCCACUGCUCCAUCGCAGGUACGCGUCUCGUCGGGCGCCUCACCGUCGGCAACCGUCACGGUCUCCUAGUUCCCUCCACAACCACCGAUCAGGAGCUUCAACACUUGAGAAACUCGUUGCCGGAAGCCGUGGCCAUCCAGCGCGUCGAGGAGCGUCUCUCGGCGCUAGGCAACGUCAUUGCAUGCAACGACUACGUCGCGCUCGUCCACCCGGAUCUCGACCGCGAAACCGAAGAGAUCAUCGCCGACGUGCUCAAGGUCGAAGUCUUCCGUCAGACCGUCGGUGACAAUGUCCUCGUCGGGUCCUACUCGGCCAUUUCCAACCAAGGCGCCCUCACUCACCCACGAACCUCGCUGCAGGACCAGGACGAGCUGUCGUCGCUCUUGCAAGUGCCCCUCGUAGCAGGAACCGUCAACCGCGGUUCGGAUCUCAUCGGCGCCGGCCUGGUCGUCAACGACUUUGCCGCCUUCUGUGGAACCGACGCAACGGCGACCGAGAUCAGCGUCAUUGAGAGCGUCUUCAAGCUCACAGGCGCACAGAACGGCGGUGACACCGUCAACGAGUUGCGCGAUGCAUUGGUGGAUACCUAUGCUUGA